CCGCUUCUUGCUUAAUGCAGCCAGAUGCCGAACACGAUGCAUGUGGAGAUAGUGACGCUGACUGCCAUCAUUCUUGGCUUCCCUUUGCUUACGUUAUGUGACCCACUGUAUGUUCUGUCAGCUCCUAACUUGCUGAGGGUGGGUUCCUCAGAGAACGUGUUUGUGGAGGCUCAGGAUUACUCUGGAGGAAACCUGAACGUGAGGAUCAUAGUAAAGAACCACCCAAAACGAGACAAGGAGAUAAUGUCUAAAUCGGUGACACUGACUGCAGCCAACAAUUUCCAGAUCCUUGCAGAUAUAAAGAUUCCUGAUGAUCAGAAGUUCUUCUCUGACGAUCCUCUGGAGAAGCAGUAUGUGUAUCUACAAGCUCGGUUUCCAACUACCACUUUGGAGAAAGUGGUCAUGGUCUCAUUCCAGUCUGGAUAUAUAUUUGUACAAACAGACAAGCCCCUCUACACACCUUCUAGCACAGUUAAAUACAGGAUCUUCUCAUUAACUCCUGAUCAACAUCCAUUUGAUGGAGUUUCCAUCUCGGUCGAUAUCAUGAAUCCUCAAGGCAUAACACUGGACAGAGAUCAGUUCCAACCAAGGCGAGGCAUCAGGACCGAAAACUUUGCUUUACCCGAACUUGCCAGCUCUGGGAUUUGGAAGUUGAUCGCAAAGUACACAAACACACCGCAAAAGAACUUCACGACUGAAUUUGAAGUCAUGGAAUACGUGCUGCCGAGCUUUGAAGUGACCUUAAAUUCACGCAAACCGUUCUUCUAUGUGAAUGAGCGCUCUUUAACAGUAGACAUAUCAGCUAAAUACCUGUUUGGUAAUAAGGUGACAGGAACUGCAUUUGUGGUGUUCGGCAUUAUAGACAAUGAGAAGAAGAUCAGCAUCGCUGCCUCACUGCAAAAGGUUCAGAUAAAUGAUGGAGAAGGAGAGGCAGAGCUGACUAGAAACAUGAUCAAGGAGAACUUCCCAGACAUCCAGCAGCUAGUUGGGAAAUCCCUUUACAUUUCAGCCAGUGUUGUAACAGAAACUGGAAGUGAAAUGGUAGAAGCACACAAGAGAGGCAUUCAGAUUGUGACGUCUCCGUACACCAUCCACUUCAAAAGAACACCACACUUCUUCAAACCUGGGAUGUCCUUCGAUGUCUCGGUCUAUGUAACAAAUCCUGACCAAACUCCUUCUAAAAAUGUGGAAGUGGAGGUAAAUCCUGGAGGGGUCAGAGGUCAAACAAGAGCCAAUGGCAUCGCAAAAGUUACUGUCAACACUCCGGGAGGAUCUUCCAAACUGGAGAUCACUGCAAAGACCAAAGACCCACAAUUAAGAAACGAUCAGCAGGCAGUGAAGAAGAUGAUAGCUCAGGCCUACCAGCCCAAAGACGACUCCAAAAACUACCUGCACAUCGGCAUUGAUGCUACAGAGCUUCAGAUCGGUGAUCAAAUGAAAGUCAAUUUAAAUCUAGGAAACAGCCAUGUUAAAAACCAGGAUUUCACCUACAUGAUCUUAAGUAAAGGUCAGAUCGUUCAAGUGGACAGGUUUAAGAUGAAAGGACAAGCUCUUGUGAGUCUGUCUCUGCCUGUAACCAAAGUCAUGGUGCCGUCCUUCCGGUUUGUGGCGUAUUAUCAUGUGGGCUCGUCUGAGGUGGUGUCCGAUUCAGUCUGGGUCAACAUGAAGGACACGUGCAUGGGAACGCUCAAAGUUGAGGUGAAGGACCCGACACAAUAUGGCCCAGGAGAUCAGCUCAGCUUGAAAAUCACUGGAGACCCUGGAGCUAGAGUCGGGCUGGUCGCUGUAGAUAAGGGGGUCUAUGUCCUUAAUAACAAGAACAGAAUCACUCAGACAAAGAUCUGGGACGUCGUAGAGAAGCAUGACACCGGCUGUACGGCAGGAGGAGGAAGGAACUGUAUGGGGGUUUUCACCGAUGCAGGUCUGAUGUUUGCGUCCAGCACUGCAGGAGGAACCAACGUCAGAACAAAUAAAGAGUGCCCCGUCCCAUCAAAGAGAAAACGCAGAGCACAGAGCCUUUUGCAGGUCACCACUACACUGGCUGGUCAGUUCUCCGGCGAACAAAAGAAGUGCUGUGUGGAUGGGCUGAAAGACGUUAAACUUGGGUACAGCUGUGAACGUCGAGCCUCAUUCAUCAUGGACGGAGAUGAAUGUAUUCAGGCCUUCCUGCGCUGCUGCAAGGAGUUGAAACGCCAUACAGAUGCCUUCGCAGAGAACGAGUUUCUUCUGGCCCGCAGUGAAGAUGAUGAUUUUGAUGAGGAACUAGGAGAAGUGAUGGUGCGUACACAGUUUCCUGAAAGCUGGCUUUGGGAGGAGAUUGAUCUUCCUCCUUGCCCACCGAACCAAGUGUGUGCUGAAACAUCCACCUUAAGAACUGGAAUAUUCCUGAAAGAUUCCAUCACAACCUGGCAGAUCACAGCCAUCAGCCUGUCCCAGAGCCUUGGAAUGUGUGUGGCUGAUCCUUAUGAGAUCAUUGUCAAGAAAGAUUUUUUUAUCGACUUGAAGGUGCCUUAUGCAGCGGUGCGCAAUGAACAACUGGAAAUAAAGGCUAUUCUUCACAAUUACAGCAAUCAGAAACAGAAAACAAACAUUCGGUUUAAGACGUCGGAGGGUAUUUGCAGCAGUGCCAGCAAAAAAAAGAAAGGCAGGGUAACCGUUCCUGUUGGCUCCAUGUCCUCCAGAGCCGUCCCUUUCAUCAUCAUCCCCAUGGAUCUGAAAGAGCAGUGGAUCGAAGUGGAAGCAUACAGCUCGAAUCGCAACGACGCUAUUAGAAAGAAACUGAAGGUGGUGCCUGAAGGUGUGCUAACCGAAGUCCAAGAGAGAAUUAUAGAGAUCAACCCAUCCAAGCAUCCAGGCAGCUCGCAGGUCGUGUCUAUGAGGAGCGACAUCCCACGCCGAAGGGCUCCAAACACACCUGCUAGCACAGUGAUCACGGUGAUAGGUGAAGAGAUCACUCAGACAAUCGAGCAGGCCAUCAGUGGACAUUUUAUGGGUCAGCUCAUUGUUCAGCCCUAUGGAUGUGGAGAGCAGAACAUGAUCCAUGUGACUCUUCCUGUCAUUGCCACUCAUUACCUGGACAGCACAAAGCAGUGGGAGGCUGUUGGCAUGGAGCGGCGUAAUGAAGCCGUCAAGCACAUUAACACAGGUUAUAAGCUGGAGUUGACCUUCCGUAAAGCCGAUGGGUCAUACGGUGCCUGGUUACACGUGCCGAGUAGCACAUGGCUGACGGCUUAUGUGGCCAAAGUAUUCGCGAUGGCCAGUGAUCUGAUUGUCGUAGAGGAGCAUGUGAUCUGCAGCGCCCUCGACUGGCUGGCCACAAAAAAACAGCUGUCAGACGGCACGUUUAAAGAACAUGCGCCUGUGUAUCACAGCGAGAUGGUUGGUAACGUACGUGGAAAAGACGCAGAUGCCUCUCUGACUGCAUUCGUCCUGAUCGCCAUGCAGGAAGGAAGAAAGAUCUGUGCUGGAGCUAAUAUUCAGAACAGUAUAAAAAGAGCCACCGAUUACCUGCUGCUGAGAGUUCACAGCCUGACCAGCACUUACGCUGUCACUAUAACGUCUUAUGCUUUGGCCCACGCUGGAAGACUCAAUAAAGACAUCUUGAAGAGUCAUUCUACUAAAAGCAAAGAUGGAAUAUUUUGGCAAGUUCCUGGCCAGCACCAUCACUCUCUAGAAGCCACGGGUUACGCAGUGCUUGCCCUGGUGAUGGCAAAGGAUUUCGAGAGUGCUGGACUGGCGGUGCGUUGGCUGGGAAAGCAACAAUCCCGUUAUGGGGGUUACGGCACAACACAGGCAACGAUCAUGGUCUUCCAAGCCGUGGCUGAAUACCGCAUUCGGGUUAAGAAGGCAGACAUUAAUUUGGACCUGGAGAUGGCUGUGCAAGAGAGAAAAGGGAAAACCAAAAUUGCUUUGAGACAAUCAAGCAAACAACGUACAGACAAGUUUGACAUCACGAAGAGCUUCAAUCUCACAGCUCGUGGGACGGGGGUGGCCACGCUCUCCGUCUUUUCUGUCUUUUAUGCUCUGCCCGAAGAGAAAGACUACGAAUGUAAUGCAUUUGAUCUCAGUGUGCAGAUGGAGAAAGAGUCUGCAGUAACCUACGAUAAAGCCUCUGAUAGUUACCUGAUCAAGAUUGAAUACAUUUUCAAAGACAAGUUAAGAAGCUCAACCAUGUCUAUUUUGGACAUCGGUCUGCUGACAGGGUUCAAAGUGGAUGAACGGGAUCUUUCGAAGUUAUCCAGCGGUAGGGAUAAGUACAUUCAGAGCUUUGAGCUGAACAAGGAGCUAUCAGAGCGAGGAUCUCUUAUCAUCUACGUGGAUAAGGUUUCUAAUAAACAGAAGGAAAGGAUUGUCUUCAGAAUGCACAAGAUCAGUGAAGUGGGAAUGCUGCAGCCCGCCGGAGUCACUAUGUAUGAGUACAAUGCCCCAGAUAAGCGUUGUGUGAAGUUUUACCAUCCCUAUAAGAAAGAUGGAUCACUGAACAGACUCUGCCAUGAAGAGCUGUGCCAGUGCGCUGAAGAGAACUGCAGUUUGCAAAAGAAUGAACACAUCGAUGAGGAAAAACGUGAAGAAAAGGCCUGUGAACGUGAAGUGGAAUACAUUUAUAAAACCAGAGUGUUGGAAAUGAGCUUGUCAUUGCAUGUGGACGUCUACAACAUGACAGUUGAGGAAGUGCUGAAGGAAGGCUCUGAUCCAGCUGUAGAAGGACAAGUGAGGUCGUUUUUGGCUCAUCCUUUCUGUAGAGAUUUUCUAAAAUUUGAAAAAGGCAAGACGUAUCUGAUCAUGGGCCAAACCAAAACCCUUCCAAGGAUUGGCGGAAAGUUGAGGUACCAUUUGGGUGAGGACACCUGGAUUGAAUACUGGCCAACAAAUAAGGAGGGUCAGGAUCCAAAACACAAGCUAAAAUAUAUCGGCAUGACCUCGCUUGUCAACAUGUUCAGGCAAACUGGAUGUGCCACUUAAAGAUUUUUACCGAUCCAACAGCGUUACAGUCACAACUUUGCUUUUAUUUCCAGCAAUUUGUCUGAUUUUAUUUUUAAAGUUCCUGCUCAGUUCUCUUGUGAGACAAUUUUUCAAAUAAAAUUUGCAAACAUAAA